AUGUAUUCCAAAUAAGCAACAAUCUCAAAGUCAUAGAACUUGAAAUCCAAACUGUCAAUUAAGGAUACUAUAUCAAAUUCUCACUAAAUUCAUAGUCAACCCCAAUCUUCCAAAGGUUAGGACCAUCCAAAAUAAGAAAAUAAAUAAGAUUGUCAUCAGAUGAGGAAGAAACUUUUCUACAUUUUGGGUAAGAACAGUGAAUCACAUAAGAUAUUCAAAGUCUCUCCAACCAACUCCCUUAAGCAACAAUAUUUCGUAUCUGCCACUCUCUAACAAAAAUCAAAAGGAACUAGGUUAAAAUUCAAUCAUACAACUGAAAAUAAUGAUUCUCUCCAAACUCUUAAAUGCCAUGCUUUGAAGUUACUAAAAUCCAAUAAGCACAGAGACACCAACAAAUAUAGUGAAUUUCUAUCAAAUAACAAUCUCGACAUGCAAAAGCAAUUUGGGAAUUUUGUUCGAUCUAUCGAUGAAAUUUAAGCUGAUUAAUUACCUAUAUAAAAUACUGAAAGAAGUACUUUAAUUGCCCUCUUUGAAAAACUUAAUGUCAAGGAUUAACAGUAAUGCAAACCAAAAAGAUAAACACAACAAAAAUCGGAAUCUUAUUCAUAUAAACAAUCUCUAGAAAGCGAAUUUAUUGAUUUGAGAUUGAGACAAAAAAACAAAUGCAAUUUCUCUAAUAAUUCAUCAGGACAAUUGGUCAAUCCAAAUUCAACAACUACUCAAAUACAUCAGAACCCAUUAAAUGAAUAGAAAAUUAAAAUUGAAGAGAAUUUUUAAACGAUUAUAGAUAAAGCUAAAUAGAUUUUGUUAAAAUAUUAAGCUAAAUUAAAGUAGAAUGACCAUGAAAAAGAUGUAUUAAUAUAGGAGAUUCAAUAUUGGAAAGCAAAAUACUUAAAAUGUAAACAACAAUAUUUUUGA